AUGUCCCACCUCUACGACCUCGACGGCGACGGCUACUACGACACGGCCACCUAUGACGGCAGCACCGGCUAUUACGAGGACCCGUACGCCUACUCGGACGUCGGCGGACUCGGCGGCGGCAUCUACGACGACUACGGCAGGCACUCGAGCGGGUACGAGGGCGUGGGCGAGAUGUGGGGCUACGGCGACGCGUACCCGGACCUGUACGACUACACGUCGUUCGUCGACGAAACGAUGGGCCUGUACGACGCGUGGGGCGACGACAGCUGGGACCAGGGCCAGUACGCGCUCGCCGACCUCAUGCACUUUCAGCACCAGCUCGAGCUCGACUACGCCCUCGACGAGUCGGAGCGCCUGCGCCGGUGGGAGGAGCGCCUCGCGUGGGAGCAGUUGAGCGACGCCGAGCGCGGCCUGCGCUACAGCGAAUACGCGUCGAUGGGCGCGCUCGGGACGCUCGGGCUCGCGAGCGGGUGGUGGGGGAGGAGGUACGGCGGCGUGAGCCAUGACCUGAGCUACCUGCGCCAGGUGCCGGUCCAGCGAGGACUGUUCGCGCCGCAGUACCGCUCGUCCUUCUCUCGCUUCCCUUCUCUCGCCCGCCAGUACUCGCCCUACUUCUCGCCGCAGCGCCUGCGCGCGUUCGGCGGCGCCGCCGGCAGCAGGAUGGCGCUCGGCGGCGUCGGAGGCAUGCCCAUUAACCCGAGGUCGAGCGCGCCGUACCACUCGCAGCGGCUGUCGCUGUCGAGCGGGCCCGGGCUGAGCUUGCGCGAGCAGGAGCUCAGGAGCCGGCUCCGAGUCGCCGAGAUGAGGGCGUCCCUUACCGGUCUCGCGCCCGCCCAACGCGCGAGAGCGCUCGACGACGCCCGCCAGCUUCGCGCCCAGCUCAACGCCGAGUCGCGCGCCGCACGCUCUAUCGACCGUGCCGAGCGACGCUCAGACGCCGUACUUGCGGCGCAGGAAGUCGAGGCGGAGCGGGCCGCGCUGCGCGACGAGGUCGAGGAGCAGAGGGGGAUCGCAAGACUCGAGCGGGCAGCGGGCGACCUCAUCAGGCCCAUGCUCGGCGGCUACGGCGCGGGCGCAGGAUACGGUCAGGGCGGAGGAGGCGCGUUCUACUGA